UUACCCACACAAGCGCAAGUCGCUCGAUGAUCCCUCGUCAUCGCUCGUAUACGAACGCAGGCGCACAGAAACGCUCUUCUAGGGGUGAGUCUACAAGGUGAAAGAGAGUAUACGUAUAUGUAUUAGCUGUGGAUAGUCGCGAAUGUGACGAAUUGCUUUCCGAAGCUACUGACGCGAUGUCUCUGUUGUGAUUUAUUGGAGGGUCAAGGAAUAGCCCUUGCUCGCUAGCCUCUCAUUCCAGUUGAACAGGAGAAUAAUGUAACGUCGCAAGAACGGGAUUCGCAAUUAAGAUGGAUGUUCACGGUGCCGGAGUAGUCGCCGUUCUGGGCACAGUUGGAGCUGCUACCGGGGCGAUCUCGGCAGUGAUUGUCUACACCAUUUGUGCGCGUCGCCGACGAUUGCCGCUGCUUACUUCGGUCGGAGGACCACUUAACUGGUUUGAAAAGGAUUUGCUGGAUAGAGCCGAGGAGGCAGCCAGAUCAUCAAAGGAUGUUUUGGUUGGUGUUGCGCUUUCGCGGGAUAAUAAAAUCAUCAGGCGUAGUGACAGUCACUCUGAUGACGACGAAUGGCAGUCCGAUCAUGUAUUUGACAGCAUUGCCAGCGAUUCUCCUAGAAGAGUUAUGCAGCAUCUUUCGGAAUCGGAUGAUAUCCCUCCGUCUCCGAUGAGUCCGCUCGCGCCACCUCUUCCGGAAGGUACAGUGGUCGCAUCCGAGAAGCGCAUGGUGAUAGUUAGGCCGCCGCCGCGAAGUAUAGACGGAUCUCAAUCACGAUUAAAUAGUGUCGAAAUCAUCGAGUCGACUCGACGACACAAGCUCUCCUCAUCUUCUUCGACCUCAUCGUCCGAUGAAAUCAAAGGUGAAUUAAAAUUGGGAUUGAUUUAUGACGCUUCCGCUGGAAUACUUACUGUGAGACUUAUCGAGGCGCACGAUCUUCGUGCCCGGGAAUUGAGCGGAAUUGCGGAUCCUUACGCUAAGAUACGUUUGCUGCCUGACCGAAAUAACGUAUGGCAAACGACGAUACACAGGCGUACUCUGAAUCCCGUAUUCGACGAGGAUUUUGUCUUCGAAGUAACGCCUGCAUCAUCAUUGGCCGGAAGGACAUUAGAAAUCUUGCUCUAUGAUUUCGAUGCGUUUACGCGACACCGAGGUUUGGGUUAUGUGCAACUUCCCCUAUGCUGCAUGCCGGAUCUCGAUACAAAUUUGAUGAUCAUCACGAAACCAGUUCUACGAUACGGGGCGGAGGGCGGUUUUAAAGCACCACCUCUAGGAGAACUAAUGGUUUCUAUCUCGUAUCAGCUGUCUCUAGAGAAACUAUCAAUUAUUGUUGUCAGGGCGAGAAAUUUACCCAUUCUCGACGAUCCCUCGAACGCAAAUUCGUAUGUGAAGGUAUCACUCAUUCAAGAUGGUAAGAGUCUUAAGAAGAAAAAAUCAGGUAUACAGCGUGAGACUACCAGUCCCGUAUGGAAUGAUAUCCUUAGCUUUGACAUCAGUAGCGAUGUGUUAUCGAAGUGUGUCUUACAAUUCUCUGUGUUGCGAGCCAACGGUGAUCUCCUAGCUAAAUGUGAAGUAUCCAGCUCGUGUCAAAGAGAAUUGUUUCAGCGCGUUUUAUCCGGCAAAGGCGCGUCAGCGCAAUGGUUACCAUUGUCAGAACCAGCGCAGCACAGUGAUAACGGCGAAUUGAAAGAUUAAGAAGAAAGUCGUUGUUAAAAUAUAAUUAAAAUAUAUGAAAAUGCAUCGUAUCGUAUAAUUGUUUUGAAACGUACAAUGAAACGCUUCUGCGAAAGAUUAAGAGUUCCAUCUCUUCCAUUCUCGAAUUGGAUAAACAAAACGGUUUGAUAUUAGACAAGAGAGUGAGCCGACUCCAAAUAUAUUAUCUUCUUCAGAAAACGAUGCAAAUUGACGCGCUGGCGCCGUAUAACUAGUUAUAACUUGUAGUAUUAUUACAACAUAAUAUUCUCAGUUCUAAACUUUUCUGAUAAUUAUAUUUUCGGAAUACAUAUAUUUUUUGCAUUGACGUACCCUAAAAACAUUGUAGGUUUCACAACAUGGCUUCCGAUUGUAUAUAACGAUUAUUUUUAUUGAUGUUUAUAGUAUAUUAUUAGCAAAUUGGCAAAGUCUGUCAAAUGCGACAAGCAAAAUCAUACUAUUGCGUAUUAUAUAUUAUUUACUUUUGCUUACGCUGAAUCUUAUGCAUAUUAUAUUUAUGAUCGAUUGUUAAGCUGAAAUAUUAUAAUCUUACCACCGAUAAUAAUCGGAUGAAUUCGCAUAUCAAACGAUAUUCAAUACGUUUUGCACGCUUGACUAUACUGUGUGCAUAUUUUAUAUAUAUAUAUAUAUAUUUUUUUUUUAUCGUGCUUGAAGAAAACUAUAAUAGAUUUGAUGUACAUCUAGAUUCUUAUGUACAUCAAAAAUUUUACGAUGACCAUUUCCGUUCCAUAUACACCAACUGAUUAACGAUAAAACGACGGGAUGUUAUUCAUCAAUCGUUUUAUGUAGCAUAAAAGCACAAGCAUGUAAUCGAGUUAAAUUAUUAUAUGAUAAAUUGUAAUAAUCGCACAAAUUGAUUCUAUGCCAUAUAGCGAUACAUAUAAAGUUGUUUUCAUUUUGUUACACGAGACAGAUUAUUAUAUAAAAAAGAAAAGAAGAUGAAUCCACCAAUGAAAGCAGGUUCUUCCAUUGGUCGAAUAAUUGUUAUCAAGAUUCCUGUUUCCUUAUCGCAACCAUAUCGAAUUUUAAGAUGUUAGAAACGAGAAUCUCAUGUAAAAUUCUUUUCUUGCAAAAUACAUUGAAAUAAAUCAAUUUUCUCACACACUAUUUGCAUUUGAUAGAAUGGAUUUGUAAAAUAUAUUAAAAACUCCCUCUUUUAUCUGACAUUAGUAAAUGUACAUAAUUCUAUCUGCAUAUGUCUUAUAUUUUCAGCAAAAAUAAACUUUAUGAAUUACAAGAUUUAGAGCUAUUUAUUAAUUCAAGAAGCAAAAGAAGAGAAGUACUUAAUAUAUUUUACCAAUCUAUAUUAUCGAACGCGAAUAAUGAUAAAAAAAAAGCUUAUUUCGACAAGAAUAUUAUAAGAAAAUAAUUCAUGUUUUCUUAUUUCUGAUAUUAUAAUCCAAUAUGAUUGCAAUGCAGAAAAACUAGGCUUAAACAUCGCAAAGUGAGAUUCAUUGAAAUAUUGUCAAAGAGGACACCAAAGACAAAAUAUAUAAUAAAAUGAUUAAAA